AUGGACAAGAAAAGCAAAAUGCAAGCAGAGAAGCACCUCACGGGAACGCUGGUCCUCUCCGUCUUCACCGCGGUGCUGGGCUUCUUCCAGUACGGCUACAGCCUGGGCGUCAUCAACGCGCCCCAGAAGGUGAUAGAAGCCCACUACACGCGCGUGCUGGGCAUCGUCCCCCUGGACAGGCAGGCCACCAACGCCUCCGGGGAGGACGGCCCCAUCCCCAGCACCAUCCCCAGCACCAUCCCCGGCACCAUCCCCGGCACCGUCCCCGGCACCGUCCCCGGCACCGUCCCCGGCACAGAGGCUUGGGGCAGCACCGAGGGGACGCUCGCACCCCCCGAGGACCUCGCCGCCUCCCCGCACGUCCUCACCAUGUACUGGUCCCUCUCCGUGUCCGUGUUCGCCAUCGGCGGCAUGGUCUCCUCCUUCACCGUGGGCUGGAUCGGCGACCGGCUGGGGAGGGUGAAGGCCAUGCUGGUGGUGAACGUCCUCUCCAUCGUGGGCAACCUCCUCAUGGGGCUGGCCAAAUUCGGGCCGUCGCACAUCCUCAUCAUCGCCGGGAGAGCGAUCACGGGGCUGUACUGCGGACUCUCCUCCGGCCUCGUGCCCAUGUACGUUAGCGAGGUCUCUCCCACCGCCCUCCGGGGAGCGCUGGGGACGCUGCAUCAGCUGGCGAUCGUCACGGGUAUCCUCAUCAGCCAGGUGCUCGGGCUGGACUUCCUCCUCGGCAACGACGAGAUGUGGCCCCUGCUCCUGGGGCUGUCCGGCGUGGCCGCCCUGCUGCAGUUCUUCCUGCUCCUGCUGUGCCCUGAGAGCCCCAGAUACCUUUACAUCAAACUGGGGAAGGUGGAGGAGGCCAAAAAGAGUCUGAAAAGGCUCAGAGGAAACUGUGACCCGAUGAAAGAGAUUGCUGAGAUGGAGAAAGAAAAACAAGAAGCGGCGAGUGAGAAGAAAGUGUCCAUCGGGCAGCUUUUCACCUCCUCGAAGUACCGGCAGGCUGUCAUCGUGGCGCUGAUGGUCCAGAUAUCCCAGCAGUUCUCAGGAAUCAAUGCGAUCUUUUACUACUCCACAAACAUUUUUGAGAGAGCCGGAGUUGACCAACCCGUUUAUGCAACCAUUGGCGUUGGAGUGGUGAACACAGUCUUCACUGUUAUCUCUGUGUUCCUGGUGGAGAAGGCGGGCAGGCGCUCCCUGUUCCUGGCUGGCCUGAUGGGCAUGCUGAUGAGUGCUGUGGCCAUGACGGUUGGACUUGCGCUCCUGAGCCAGUUCGCCUGGAUGAGCUACGUCAGCAUGAUCGCCAUCUUCCUCUUCGUCAUCUUCUUCGAGGUGGGGCCUGGGCCCAUCCCCUGGUUUAUCGUAGCCGAGCUGUUCAGCCAAGGCCCGCGCCCUGCCGCCAUCGCCAUCGCCGGCUUCUGCAACUGGGCCUGCAACUUCAUCGUGGGGAUGUGCUUCCAGUACAUUGCGGACCUGUGUGGACCGUACGUGUUUGUCAUCUUCGCCGUCCUGCUUCUGGUCUUCCUUCUGUUUGCCUUCCUCAAAGUACCUGAGACGAAGGGGAAGUCGUUCGAGGAGAUCGCGGCCGUGUUCCGCCGCAAGAAGCUCCCAGCCAAGUCCAUGACCGAGCUGGAAGAGCUGCGAGGCGGCGAGGCGGCGUAG